AUGCCUGCUGCUGCUGCUCUCACCACCAAGUCGGAGUCCCCUCCGGAAGCUUUGAGUGGCGAUCAAGAGUCGACAGGACUGAGGCUCUCAGUGUCUGUGGAAAGCAUCGUCGGAUUGAUGUCUUCCCGCGCCACUUUUCUGGAGCUCGAUCUCAGCUCCAUUGGGAAGGAGGAGCAGUCCCUCGUUGUUCGAUCAGAGGCUCCAGGGAAGGCGGAAGAGAGGCCCUCGAGGCUGGGUAUUGGUCAGUCGGGGUGGACCUUCAACCAGCAACAGGCUGGCGAUGGAGAUGAGGGGCCUAAGUCGCAAUGGGUGGUCAACGUGAGCAUGGACGACACCUUUCACACGAAAAUAUGCCUCGGCAUGCUUCACCUGCGCCUGCUCGAUGCGGACCGAGAUGGGACUGUUGUUGCUAGUGGGCAGGUUCCUCUACGUAGCCUUUUGCAUGAGACUUGCGCGUUGGAAGGUCACUAUCCACUCAUUCUAGCUGCUGAGUACCUCGACAAGGCCUCAGAGGAGGAGGAGGGCCCCGGGGCUGAACCAAAUUCAUGUAGGGACCCAGCAGAACUCCAAGUAGAGCAAGCUCCGACCUUAGACGCCCACGUGAGGAUAGGAACGGAUAAUCUCAUUGGUGAUAAGAAGAGCCCCUCUGGAGGAACACCUUUUCCUCUAGGAGACGUGGAGGACUUCCCCGAGGAUUGGCGA